UCCAAAACUUGCAUAGCGUAUGAGAAGAACAGAAGAGUGAUUAUGAAAAGUGAGACGGAAGGGAAAAGUUACCGUAUCCAGAUCAGCUCUGGGUCCUUACCAAAUGGAUGGUUGGAGCUAUUUCUCCUACGACAGAGCGACCGGAGCGUAAAACCGAUCACUCACCUCCAUCCACUAUCAAGAUUAAGAACAUUUGGAGCGUCAUGUAGAAUUGGACAACACCGAUCAUGCAGGCAUGUUGGCUUGACUAAACUGAGAAAAUUUACCGGUCGGUCACCUGUCGACUUCCAAGGAUCCAGUCACAUCAGAACCCUGAAGAUGGGGACAGUGUUUGUUCCCGAAACGUCGGUUUACUACGGUAACCAGUUAUAGCGGUUGAUUGCCCGAGAAGAUUUUAU